CAGCCAUUCUCUUUCUUUCAGUGCUACAGAAAGGGGCCUCAUUAAAGGUGACAACCAUGGCAUCGUGGAUAAAACCUCAUCCCAAAAAGCCCAGUUCUUCACCUCCUGAUACAUGUGUGAUUAGACCCUCAAACUCAUCUCUCAGUCUACAAUUCCCCUACAGACUGACAGUUCCCCUACUGACUGUCAGAUGGAAGGUGAAACUAAUUUCCAUGCCAACAUCAAAUGUGAUACUGAAGUGGAAGGAUGGAUCUACAAACUAUGGAAAGUUUGCAAGGACACAUUUCAACAACAGAGUCAAGUUUAUAGAAGAGAAUGUUACUCUUCUCAUCAAGCCAGCACAGAGAAAUGACACUGGCAGCUAUUCCCUGGAGACUGAUGAUAAGUUUGGGGUUACAACUACAAUACAUUUCAAGGUCACUAUACUUGAUCCUGUUAAAGAGCCUCGUGUGCAGGUGAAGUCAAAUGUCCUGACUGGAGGUCUGUGUCAGGUGGUCCUGAACUGCCAGGCCCCCAGGGAUGGCAACUUGAGCUUUCAGUGGUAUCAGGAUAGCAUGCAGAUGCCAGUGCUGAUGAAUGACACCCCCUGGGAGGUUGAGGUAAUUGUCAAAAGCUCACACAAUUACACCUGCAGGGUGAGCAAUGAGUUCAGUUCGGCAAAUCACAGCCUCCGCCUCGACCCCAGCUGUCUGGAUCCCUCAAAAAUGAAUCUCAGCUCUCCAGCCAUACUGGUGACCUUGGGAGUCAUCAUCUUGCUCCUGGGCAGCCUUGCCUGCUUCUUGGUGUGGAGGAGGAGGGGGAAGAGGAGGAAGCAGUCAGAGUCCAUCCAUCGGACAGUCUAUGAAGAUGUCAACAACCCAAGGAACCGGAACCAGGUGAAUCAGGUAGGAUGCCCACAGGAUUCUAGAAAACCAGGACAGAAUUCCUCAGAAGAUACAAAAACCAUCUACUCUACUGUUCAGAUCCAGUCCUCUGCAUCCACAUCAGGAGAGAACUCCAACACAUUAUAUUCUCUUGUACAACCUUCCCGGAAGUCUGUAUCCAAGAAGAAGCAGCCCAGCCCUUCCCUGAACUACACGGUGCACGAAGAAGUUGGAAAUGGAAAGCCCAGAGCCCUGGGCCCCUCUCGACUAAGCCUCAAGGAGGUGCAGAACUUUCAAAUCUAUUCCUAGGGCCCUGCAGGCCUCCCCUCUCACGUACAAGCCUCUACUUGGGAACUAGUCACCAGGUGAUGUAGCAGGUGUCUCUGCAAGGCUGGUUUGCAGAAGAUACAGGCUCUGCCACUGUUGUUAGUUUGGGAAGUGAUCUCUAAUGGCCAGUAUGAGAGCAAGACUGAGCAAGAUUAUAAUUCACUGAAGACAACAGGAUGGAUGAAAGGUCAGCAAGCCCAAGCACCGGUGAUGUAUGAGGUGCUAUGUAAAUACUGGGGCUAUUAGCAUGUAGAGUCUCCCUCCUUCCCGAUCAGGAGUGACCACUUUUCUAGAUGCUUCCUCAUCCAGGCUUAUUUUCCUAGAAGGAAGGAGAGAUAGCAGCUUCCUUCCUUGAAGUAAGUCUAUUGGUUGGGGGUGGGGGUUCAUUCACAGGUUCUCUAAGGACCAGGUCUAGGGUUCACUCAAAAGCAGAGUCGUGCCUCCACAUCAAACCCUUCCUUCUGGUGGGUUGGUCACAAAGCUGAAUAGGCAGGAAGAAGAGGAGCCCUGUCGUUUAACCAGGUGGUGACAGUAACUUUGUCUAGAGUAGGAUGUUUGGCACAAAAUAUGUCACUAGACAUCAAAUUAGAAGCAUAUGGGAUCAAAGUUCUGAGUCUGGGAAGUGUUCCUGACACACUUUGCAGGGGGCAUUCAGAUGACUGAACAGUUAAGAAGUAGGACUCCAUGCUGGGCUGUGAGCCCAAGGCUGUGUCCAGUGAAGGGACAUUGGUGACCUAGAAGAGGCAUUAGUCUGAAAUCCCAGUGGGCAAUGCCCAGAUCUUUAUGUCUUUCUGUAUUUAACAUGUGAAUUGAAAAUAAAACUCUUGUAUUAUCCACAA